UGCGGCUCACCGGCAGAAGAAAUGAGAUUUCUAAACUUCUGGAACCUCGGUUGAAAAAAAAUCAAUAUUGCUAGGAUUGACUGCAAGUCAACAUACCCCUACUGUAGAUAGGUAUAUUUUGUGACUCAAAGAGAGAAACGAAUCCUCCAAUUAAUGCCUCAAACCUCAUCCCAUGCAUAUCCCCACCACGCGACUGAAACACCACGUUUUGAUAUUGUUGCUCCCGAGGUUAUUUGGCCAGGCCAUUUGGAAUCAUACUAAAUGGUCAACAGCUGAUGACAAAGUCUCGAGCACGUACCGUAACCCAAAAUUACCUACGCCCAUCUCUUUGGAGGGCGGAUUAAUCGGUAAAGACCCUUUUGAGCCCGGUGUGCACUUGGUUCUAUGGAGCAUGGUCUCCGAGAGACCUCCGGAUCAACAUCCCCCCCAAUCAGUCCAAUUUGGCGUCACCCGACCCUAAUGAUCGACAGGACCAACCUUGAACCUCUCCCUAAAUGAGGUUAAGACGCGGACAGUCUUUGAUUUCUCCUGACAAUCCACCAUCCUGCAGAAGAUCCCAUUCAUCAUCGAGAGAGAAGCUGAUAGAGCGAUUAUUGUUUUGAGAGCGAAAGAGCCGGCAGAUUAUUCCAAUACAAAAUCAAGUGACUUUCCGAUUUUCCGAUUCUCAAAAGCGCGGGACCAAGCCUUUUGACAUCGGGCCCCCAUGGGGUGGUGGCUGCUAAUGCUGACGCUG